CCCUCCUGGCAUCCAACUAGAGUGUGCCAUACCCACGGUUUUCAACAGAAACCCAACGAUCUUCUAAUAAAUGGAACUGCUAGUUGCUAGCGAGGCCAUCAAUACGCAUUUUGUUUUCUGUUUAUUUAACUAGCGGCUGUGUUUUCAUGGGAAAUGUAUUAGCAAGCUAACGUCAGAUAGCGCGAUAACUGCGCCAAAAAUGAUGCGAGAUUCAAUCGAAUGCUGCACUGCUAGCUAGUCAGCCAAAUCUGACUGGGGAAUGGUCAUUUCUCAGUUUGCCAGCAUCACAGCUCUGACACAUCACGAAGCCGUUCAGCUAUCGAGACAUAACGCUGGAAACUAGCUAGCGUUUAGUUGGAUAGAAAAAGGAGGACGAGCAUUUGCUGGGAAGUGGUGACUGUGCCAUUGCAAGACUGGCCAUAUGGAUGCGUUGCCUUUGUGUGCAUUUUAUUGACAAUUGUGGCUUGUCUCUAGCUAGGGGGCGGACGGCGCUGAGAAGGCGGACAGUUGGCUACGUUAGCUAACUAGCUUGUUGGAUGUCGCGACAGUGCAGUUAGCCCCGUUCGUUGUGUCAGGCCAAGGACCAGGGGACGCACGAACCCAAGUCAGUGAACAGGGGGUAUCGCAAUCAAGGCGGGUAAUAGGGAUAGUUAGCUAGCUAGCUAGUUGUCCAACUAGCUAGCUAACGUGAGAAAUCUAAACAAGGCUUGAAGCGCGCAUCAACGGAGAGAGGCCCUCAACACACCCCCUCGCACCGACACUGCCCCCUCUUCGCCGAUCCUCCCGUGAUUUGCUGAGAUCUGUACACGGGUGAAGUCGGACAGUUCUCGGUUGGGGACAACUUGACAGCGAGGCCCCUAGCUCCCCUCCCCCAUUCCCAUCCAAGACCCCUCAGUCCACCUCCUCGCCAGACAUUAGAAGCGAGGAUCGGGAUAUUAGAUACCUAGCUAAAGUUAACCCAACCAGCUAGUCCAUUCUAACCCACGGGCUGCCAAAACCAGGAGGGAUGACUUUGGAGUCGAUGAUGGCUUGCUGCCUGAGCGAAGAGGCGAAGGAAUCGAAACGAAUCAAUGCGGAGAUAGACAAACAACUCCGGCGAGACAAGCGGGACUCGAGGAGAGAACUGAAAUUGCUCCUUCUCGGUACAGGAGAGAGUGGGAAGAGUACAUUCAUCAAGCAGAUGAGGAUCAUCCAUGGGGCGGGCUACACAGAGGAGGACAAGAGGGGUUUCAUCAGGCUGGUGUACCAGAACAUCUUCACCUCCAUGCAGUCUAUGAUCAAAGCCACAGAGAACCUCAAGAUCCCCUUCAAAUACGAACAGAACCGGUCUAAUGCCAUGUUAGUGAAGGAGGUGGACAUAGAGAAGAUCUGUGGUUUCGACCAGCCCUACAUUAGCGCCAUCAAGACCCUGUGGGCCGACCCUGGGAUACAGGAGGCCUACGACAGACGCAGGGAAUACCAGCUAUCAGACUCCACUAAAUAUUACCUUAGUGAUAUAGACCGCGUCACCGCGGAGGGAUAUGUUCCUACUCAGCAGGAUGUGCUUCGUGUCCGGGUCCCCACCACGGGAAUCAUAGAGUACCCGUUUGACCUGGAGAACUGCAUCUUCAGGAUGGUGGAUGUAGGGGGUCAAAGGUCAGAGAGGAGGAAGUGGAUCCACUGUUUUGAGAACGUCACUUCCAUCAUGUUCCUGGUAGCCCUCAGCGAGUACGACCAAGUCCUGGUGGAGUCUGACAACGAGAACCGUAUGGAGGAGAGUAAGGCGUUGUUUAGGACCAUCAUCACCUACCCCUGGUUCCAGAACUCCUCAGUCAUCCUGUUCCUCAACAAGAAGGAUCUGCUGGAGGAGAAGAUCUCAUACUCCCACCUGGUCGACUACUUCCCUGAGUUUGAUGGUCCCCAGCGAGAUGCCCAGGCGGGCCGGGAGUUUAUCCUGAAGAUGUUUGUGGACCUGAACCCGGAUAGCGACAAGAUCAUCUACUCCCACUUCACCUGCGCCACGGACACCGAGAACAUCCGCUUCGUCUUCGCUGCCGUCAAAGACACCAUCCUGCAGCUCAACCUCAAAGAAUACAACCUGGUCUGAGAGACUCUUGCACGCAAACACACCUACUUCCCAGUUGCACAGCUUAGCCUACAUACACACACUUAUGAAGCUUACUCACACCUACAAAUCUAGUUGAUCUUUCCCCCUCCUGCUUUUCACUCCAGCGAUUUAAGACCCCCUCUUCCUAUAUCUCUCCUCCCAUUCGCUCUCUCAUUCCUUCCCUAUUUUCUAUCCUUUUGCCAUAAGCCUGUCCUCUCCCUCGUUCUCAGCAGCUUGUCAGUCUCCUCUUCUCCACACACAUGCCAUGACUACGGGAGGGGACAAUUGUGUGUGUGUGCGUGUGUGUGAAGGUGAGGAAGAGGACCAGUGCGGUCAGUGAACUGUGGGUCUUUAACCCUUAAACCCUCAGUCAACUGACCUGAGAUCACAUCCUCUGAUUGGUGGAAGGAGUGACCCAACCGCACUCUAUAAGGGAGGGGCUAUAGACUGGUAGGGGGGUGGAGACGAUGAGGUAACUGAAGGAAGCCACCAGGACGCGAGCAGGAAGUGAUGUCACACAGAAGUGAGGGGGCAGACCAAGGAUUCUGUUUCCACCUCGCAUCGAUGAAUGUAUACUCUAAGUGAGCAUCGCAAACGCAAAAAAAUAUAAUUAAGUAUGUUAUAAAGUAAUUACGUAUGUAGACAAAUUACACUAAGACUGAAAGCACCAGAGGGAGAGGAAAAAGCAAAUCGAUUAAAUCUGUGUAUCGCUGAGCUUUUUUACAAGUAGUUUUUAAUAAUAGUAACUUGUUGCUAUGUCAACUUCUAUCCGACGACUAAGAAGUCGUUUGAAAAGUUAUAGAAGCAGUUAACAAAACAAGAUCUUGUAUUUAAAAAAUUUGCAAAAUAGCCAAAAUAUCACAAAAACAAGGUGGUAAUCAGAAACGGACUAAUUUUAUCCUUUACAGACGGUUGUGGUUGUUCAUGUUUAGGUUUGAUCACAUCGCUUCCCUCCUUCACUGGUUUACUAACUGAUAGAUCGAAACCUUCCGUUUGACAUCCGCAGUACCACGUUCUGUUUGAUACACGCCACAUUAAGAUUACCGAACAUCCGAUACUUGCUACUAUGUUCUGAUUGGACAGUCGCUGAGGGGGAGGGAGUCACGUAUGGAUAUGAUGUCAUCACUGUACGGUACAUCAGUCUGUGAAAGAAUGACAUCACGUGUUAAGUCGCCCAGCGACCCAAUUAGAUGUGCUCUGGAGAUUCUGGGCAAUCCAUCCCCACAAAUGACACGGUGGCAUCCAUUAUCCAAGACACACAGGAAGCUUUAUGUUGUUUACCUUUUUUUUUACUGUAUAGACACUUUUGUUUGUUGAUGAGAGGUGGUUGUUGAUUGGUGGGAGCAGGAGACAUAAGAUCCUGUCUCCCAGAUAGACAGGCAAGCAUACUCUGAAGUCAAAAAGUUAUUGUUUAUGUAUAUUUCUGUUUGUAAAUACAUGUACACAGAAACGCUCCUGUACAAAAACACUCUGUGGUACAGUACACCAUCUUUGGCAACAAAAAAAAAAAUAGAAGAAAAUCCCAUUUUUUUCCUUUUCAAUAGUGUACUGUUUUUGUUUUCCUAUGAAUUUACUAGUAUUUAUACUGUGAUUCUGGAUUUUUUUUAUUAUUGAUAAUCAGUUGAUUAUAAGAGGACUACACACACAGAGGGCUGCAGUGAGAGGAAAGGAACGGUCUCAGAACGGAGGUUCUAAACCAUCAGGAGCCUUCUAUUCUAGAACAUUCUAGAUUCUCGGCUCUCCUCUGCAGCUUCUCCCUACUAACACUAGAGCAGAUUAGUUAUUCACAAUAUGUUGACAAAAUACAUGAUAUUAAAAGAGUAACUAAAUAAAGUUUUAAUUUUUUUUUUUUAAUUUAUCUAAUAAUUUAUGGAACCAGGUUUGAAGGUGUUGAUAAUUUGACUGCUUUUGUUUCUAUCAUGUUGAAAUGCGGUCGGGGCUAGACUUGAGUCUAAUCUGCUGUAACAAAACAAACGUCUACUAUAGUAUGUACUAAAUCUCUGCUUUCUUUUUUCUCUUAAGACAAUUCCAGAUGUACUUUGCCAUUCUAUCUAUAUCCAUGUAAAAUGCUAUGGUUUUCUUCUCACAUUAAGUCACUUUGUUUCGUUUCAUUGAUGAAAACUUGUAUUUCUCCUCUUGGGUUUCUAAUAGGCACAGCUCUGUAACUGCAUACAUAGGAAAUGUACCAUAUGAACGUAGGUGAAUUUUUAUAACCAGUGAUUGGAGACCAGUACGGUCUAUGCUUGCUCUGUCGUUGUAAUUUAAACACAGUUUGCGUUGUCGUUGGUUUGAGUUGUUUUAGUUCAAGUUCCGAGGCUUGCUUUGAUAGAACCAGUGACGUUGCAGAUCUACUUUUGAACCUCUUUCUACAGGCAACUUUUUCUUCAUUAUUCUCAUUAAGGGCUAUCGCCAUGCAUCAGACAGGCAGGCAGAUGGGGGAGAGAACUAGUAAAGGACAGGGCUCAAUUCGGUUUUCAAUUCAUGAGGUGACUGGAAAUUCAAUGAGUGAAUUGUUAGAAAGCGAUGGGCAGGAGAGGACAAGAGGACAGAACGCAACCGUGUACCCAAGGGCUGCAGUCUUGCUGUUUGUUUUCUGUUGCCUUCUAACCAAAAAACGGAUUUCUACCUGUGAAAUCAGGUGUUUGCAAUCUCCAGCCGAUUGGUAACAUUCAUUGAUCAAGUAAAUGCCGGGGAGAAAUGAAAACCAGCAGGAAUGCAGACUUCGAAGCACUUGGUUGUGCACCCCUGGUUUUAGGUUCACAGUCAACUAAGCCAUUCACUCGAGUGUUUGUGGGGAUCAUUUUGUUCAACAAAGACCGUGUGUGAAUGCAGCUGUGGUAGGAUACAUGACCAACACUACCAUUCAUUUUUUACUUUCUCUUUCUCUGGAUCAACAGUGGACCACACAAGCUUCCAGCUCCGAAUGAGGGAAUCUGUCAAACCCCAAGUUCCCUACUUCACUGUUUGAUGCGUGAUCGUGGAUCAGCUUUACCCUCCCUCAAUGCUAACCUUAAAGGCCCAGUGCAGUCAAAUGUGAAUUUCCUGUGUUUUGUAUAGAUUUCCACACUGAGGUUGGAAUAAUACUGUGAAAAUGGUGAUAAUGCUAUUUUAGUGUAAGAGCUGUUUGAAAAGACCACCUGAAAUUUCUGCCUGUUUUGGUGGGUUUGAGUUUUGGUUUGUCUGUUUGAUAUCACCAUGCGGUAAAUUAGUUAAUAAACCACUUUUUUUAAACGUUUCAAACCUCUACCAAUAACAGCUAGUUUUCAGUUUUCCCCUCGCCAUUCAGACCACCACUUCCAGACAGUCCUAGCAAAAUUCUUGCUUGAGAAAUUACUCUUGCUAAGAAGCUGUUUAAAAAAUAUAUAUAUAUAUUUUGAGUAAAAACAAUCACAUUAGGGUACUUAAUUGUUACCCAGAAAUUACUUGAUUUUGAGGUAAAAACGUCUGCAUUGGGCCUUUUAUCCAUUUAAGGGGGGACGCAAAACUGACCUUAGAUCAGUGUUAAGGGGAACUGUCCUACUGCUAGUUUUACCAUCCGGGGGUGUGCUUUGUGCCUGUUGAGGAGAUUUUGCACAUUGUCAUUAGACACUCCUGCAGUAGAGGCGGGGUGUUAAACCAGGUGUUAAAAUUAUAUUCCAAGUUAAAGCAUAGCUGCGCAACACACAGCUCUAGCACACCUGUGCAGACUUUUGUUCCAUACCAGCACUAACACCCCAGUCAACUGAUUGAGAACUAAUCAUGGUCUUGAAUUUAGACCGCAACUAGUUGAACCAAGUGUGUUAGUGUUGUACUGGAACUAAAGCCUGCACACUGCAGCCAGUAUUCGAGGAUGUUCUCCAAGUAUGACAUGCAGUAUUUAAUUCAGUGUUGACCUGCCCACAAACAAUGUGUUGAAUACAACUCGCAUACCAAACAGACAAGCACUUGGGCUCCUGUACUGCCUCCACAAUGAAGGGUGAAAACAGCCCUAACUACAAUCAUCUGACUUGGUGAUUAAUCAGUCAUAUUUAUAGGAAACACUACUAAUCUCUUGUUUUCCACUUCCUGUGGGUUAUAAUUGGUUGGCUCUCCUGAAGUGUCUGCACAUUAGGGCCCAGAGUUGUUCCUAGGCUGUAACUAGGACCCAGAGUUUUACCUGGUCAGAUUAACAUGGACAUGGUGCAUAUUGAGAACUUAGCUUGACUUCUUUCCUUUAAAUAUUUUUUGUAAGAUAAAAAAAAUAUUACCGGAACACUAUUGUAUUUAGGACCACUUGAUUUAUUUUUUAAUCUAAGGAAACCUGAGGGUUAAAUGUUUUAGUUGGUGUAUAAAAUAUACAAUGCUGUUUUUGUUUUUCUUUAUUUUGUAUGUAAACCAAAUGUAAAUGAUGUAUUAUACUGUGUGCCAACCCAACUUUCUCUAGAGCCAGGCUCUCUCUCUCUCUCUUAAGUGCCAACGCUGACAUCAUCAUCAGGGGACAGCCACUUGGAUGGUCCCAUUUUUAAGAACACCAGAGACCUAAACACCUGGCAUGUUUAACUACGCCACCCCUAACAAAAACUAUAAGUACACUUUUUUUUAAAUUGUGUAAUUAUACAAUUGCAUGUAUUUAGUGUUGGGAGGAGGUGAAGGCUCAGAAAAAUGUAUUGGCUGAUGCAGAGACCUUGAUGAAAGGGUGGAAUCGGUUAUUGAUUGAUCGGUUGGUUAUUAUGGAUUAUUGAUUUGCAUUACUCUCGCCAUAUUUCUUUUCUUAUUUUAUGUGUGUUUUCAUGCAUUUGUUUCAACCACUGUUGCCUGAUCCUCAUUCAAACAUGAACAUGAUUUAUUACGAUCAUCGUCGCCUUCUAAGAGAGAACAUAAUGACAAGGUAUCUGUUUUAAAUUGAAAUAAAUUUGUUCGUAUACUU